CCCGCCUUCGCUCUCGAUGUUUAGAAGUGGUAUUCACCGCCUUGCUGCCCGCCGUUUUUAUUCGUCAGAUGCAGCGUACAAUGUCGAGGCGCUGGAUAAAUGGAUUGCCUCCCGAAAGGAAUACAUUUUGCACGACACGCUGCAUCCAGAGCAUCUAUCUGAUCUCUACAUAACUCUUCCUACCCGGGAUGGAACGCGCAAAGCAUUCCAUCCGCCUGAGCCGUCAACACCUAUGGGCUAUGGACACCAUACAACCUUCUUCUACCCUCGUAUUCCCGAAGCCUUCUUGCGUAGAGACGGCACAGAUGCAGAUUUCUGUCCACCAGAACCGUUUACUCGCAGGAUGUGGGCAGGCGGAAAGAUAUCGUGGAUGGCGGAGAAUCCUCUGCUCAUUGGUGGGAAGGCGACUGCAAGAAUGACAAUAGGCUCUGUUAAGAAGAAGAAUUUUGACCGUGGCCGUCCUAUCGUGUUCGUGAAUAAGAAAAUUGAGAUCUCCAUGGAGCAUUCGGCGGUUCCUUCGGUCAUUGAGGAGAGGGUACAUGUCUAUCUGCCUGUGGCUGCUACAGUUAAACAGGAGCCUCGUGAAGUUGCUGGGAUACCAGACUCCUCUGAUUUCUCAUUCACAUACAAGCCAACACUGACGACCCUGUUUCGAUUUUCUGCGCUCACCUUCAACGCGCACCACAUCCAUCUGGACAAAGAUUAUGCACGAGACUUUGAAGGGUAUCGAGAGCGUCUGGUUCACGGACCUCUUACGGCCCUCAUGAUGCUUGAAAUAGCCACUGAGCAAAACCCAGGUGUCGAGAUCAAGACGUUCGAAUACCAGGCCACGAAUCCUCUUAUUGUCAACCGAAAACAUACUAUCUUUGGACGAUGGACAGGCGACAAGGCAUUUUUGUGGUGUCGGGAUGAAGAUGGAGUGGUCGGUAUGACAGGCACAGUUCUGUUUGGGUGAUGGUAGACGGAACCUGGCAACAGACGUUCACCUGUUUAGACGCGCAUUGGCACGUGAUGUAUAUUGAAACUCCGCGCGUUAUUUAUAUUGGAUUGUCUGUUUGUUGUCCCUUCAUCAGAACUAUCACCUUCUCUUCAGCUCAUCACCAUCUCUUCACCCACUCUCGACUGCUAUGGCCCCCAAGCCCGCUUCAACAGCUUCCAAGGCUCCGGCUUCAACCGCUGGCAAGGCGCCAGCCAAGACAGACUCCAAGGCUGCGAAGAAGACUGCCAGCAAGAGCAAGGCAUCAGCGCCAGCCGACGGUGAGAAGAAGAAGCGAAAAAAAUCGAGAAAGGAGACUUACAGUUCGUACAUC